GAUUGUGCUAGCCUUCGGCUCCUUCCAGAAGGGGGAUUGCGCGCGAGAUGUCAAAGUGGUGCACUCAGAAUUCCCCAAGAUCCUGGGCCUCACAGGCUACGAUGUGAACGACCCGGUGGAAGGUAACGCUCUCGACUUCAACUCCCUCAAAGAUGCGAAAGUUUUGGUCGUCUGCACCUCCAGCAAGCUGGGCUUCCCGCCUCCCAACCUCAUGCAGUUCGCCCACCACCUGCUGACACUUGCGACCACCAGCCCAGGGAGCCUCUCGCACUUGAGGCACGUGGUUUGCGGCAACGGCCAGGAGAUGUAUGAAGAGACCUACAUGAACAUGCCCCGCUACAUGGACAUGCUGCUGGAGAAGUGCGGCUCACGCAGAUUCUAUGAGCGCGGGGAGUUCGGCGAGCCCCAUGCUCCCACCGGUGCCGACGCCUGCGAUCCGAAGGAAUGGUCCAAAGGAAUGUGGAUGGCACUGACGGACACCAUUGUAGCAGAUGGUGAUGGCACUCAGUGGGAAGCCACGGCCUGGGAUGGUUUGUGGGCCAAGAAGCCAUCCCCGGUCCACAACAAAGUCACGGAGUGGGGCCGGGACGUCCUGGAGAAGCAGAUGGAGAAAGCGAAGAUCCCGGUGCCACCAAGCUCCGUUUUUGCAAAGCUCUAA